AUGCAUCCACCGCAACAGCUGCGACGGCGGGCGACUUUAGUGCUGGUAAGCACCGUCACGGCCAGUAGUCUGCUGUAUGUUGCACACGGUAGAAACAGCGGCAAUCGCAUGGCAAGGGUACAGAAGGAGGUGCGAGGCACAACCACGCGCCACUUGGGGCCGAAGGGUGCGACAGCGAGCCCAAGUGAUCCGCCACCGCAUCUGCAAGGCGGCAGUUGGUCGUGCGCGUCCCGACGACGCCAGCGAGUUGACCAGGUACUCGCUUCUGCACGAAACGCAUCGACGGUCACCACCGACAGGAGGGGGCACCACCGAGAGACGCCCCGCGGGCACAGCUAUUUUCCAACUUGCUGCAGCCCCCAACAGGUAUCUGCUGACCGUUUCGUGCCGGAACAAAUGAGGACCUACGAACCCGCGCACAAGUAUCACCGCUACCCUCUCUCGCUACUUCCCACCAUGGGCCUCGACGACACGAGGUACUGCAAAGUGACAGUCCGCAAGGCUGACAGCAAGACGUCACGCUUUCGGGUGCGCCGACAAACGGUCGAUGAGCAACAAGGUCUGUCUUGCUCCCUUCGGCGCUGCACGUCGGACCAACCGCCAGGGGCAGUGCCUCGGCUACCGUCGUAUGCAGCGUACGCUUCUGCCGUCCAUGCCGAUCUGAAGGAGACCCAGGACGACGACGACGACGACGUCGUGGACAUUGCCGUGCUGAGCGAAGAUGACUCGCUCAUGUCGUCGCGCCGUCGUGCGCACACCACGUCGUCGUUGUCCUCGUCCGCGCGGCUGUCGAACGUGUUGAAUCCGCUGUCGCGCUUGACGACUCGGUUUCGGGAGCACUCGAUCGACGCCGAGUUUCGCCAGACGGGUGCUUUGUCUACCUCGAGUACGUCGUCGACGGUGGACUUGAUGGACCCUCGGCUGUUAAUGGCGACUCCUCCGCCCAUGAUGGACGUGAUCAGUUCGUUUCUCGAGCUCGACACGGACGGCAACGACGAUGCCGUCCGUCCUACGCUCGAAGACGCAGCGAGUUUGAUGGCCAAGACGCCUCCGAUCCCGACUGGAAUGACGCUGGAGAUGCUGUCUCCGGCAGAACUCAAGAUGUCUCCGAUUUCAUUGCACCUGAGUGAUGUAUUGCUGGACAGUGAGUGUCGACAACGACGUCCGUUGUCACGCGCGGUGGGGAACUAUGACGACAGAGAAGCAAGUGAAAGUGAGAUGGAGGACGACAAUGCAAGCAGUGCGUCGACCGACGACUACGGCGACGACGUGACGGACCACUCCGUGGACAUCAGCAGCAUUCUGUGUACACGUGAGCAAGCCGUGGCGAACUCUGGCGCGUCGCCGUCCAACGCGAAGCGAUUCCGGCCACAGUUCCGGACACCCACUGGUCGGAAGCGCAUGGGCGGCUCGGCGCGCAGUAUCCGUGGACUUAGCUCUCCGCCACGGAUGGUGGCAAACCAAGUUGGUCGACCCCGCAAGGCCACUGUGCCUGACGCGGGCGAAGGUGCUACAGGUUUCGGUGCCGUCCACUUCCACGACAACGAGGUUCCUUCUGUGCCCCUGCAUCACGGGCAGGAACUGCACCUGGCCUUCCGAACCACAAAGGGACAACUCACUCAAGUGCAGGGCCACUCGGUUCGACGCAAAGGCCACAAGAACCCCUUUUCGCGUCGCGUUCGCUGCAACGCCGUUCAGCCGCACGAUGCGUUGGCAGACAGCGACACGCUUCGCAUCAUCGGCCAUACGACGACGAACGACUUGCUAUGUGGCGGAGAUUGCGUCUCUUUCGCACGCACCAAUGGGACAGUGCUGCGGAUGCAGAAGAUGUCGAAGAAGCUCACGUUCAGCAACAAGAUCGACGAGCGAGCCAAGUUCGUUAUCGUUGGCGUGCCCGAUCGCACCCCCGUGACCUCGACGUCCAAGUUCUACCUCCGCAGUGUGUACGACAACAAAAAGACAGUGGGCUACUUGGCAUCCCGACGCGAGGAUCACCCGGGCUGUCUCGCGAUGUACGUCCACCGCGAUGCUGAAGACAACAAGGUCGAGCCGAUUCAGUUUUUCAAGCGCGACCCGGGCCAUGGGUUGGCGUUUGGACUCCGCCCGCAACAGUGGCUGUAA